AUGUGUGCACUGCCGAUUGCAGUCGUUCUCCCUCAUAAUGAUGCAAGAGAAAACUUUGUGAAAGAAGCUCAGCCCUUACCCCCAAAAGUACGAAUUCCACAGUCAUCCUAUGAUGGAAUAUUUGGACAGUCUGUACAUUUAAUUUGUAUAGUGACAUCUCAACUACCGCUCACAGGCGUCACAUGGAAGAAACACGAUGGCGGUUCUGUAUCGACGAUUGAUCCUGACGAUAGUGGUAGCUUUUAUAGGGACGGGGAUGUUGAAUCACCAUCUCUAAUAACCUUAAAUGUUAUACAGAAUACAGGAACUUACGUUUGUUCUGCUUCCAAUAAAGUUGACACAAGAAGUGGCGACACCAUUACACUAGUACACAGGAAUGACUUUUUACAUUACAUAACGUCAUCUGGUCAAUACAGACUAUAUGUGGAACUCGAGGCAUAUGAUGGUUCAACUGCAUAUGCUAAAUAUGCCACAUUUAGCAUCAGCGACUUGCAGUCGGACUAUAUUCUGAAUUUCAGUGGAUAUUCAGGAAAUGCCGACGACAGUUUACAUAAUAAAAAUGGGAUGAAGUUUUCUACUUUAGACAGAGAAAACGAUAAAGCGUCCUGUGAUUGCGCUCUUGCUUCCCAAGGUGCUUGGUGGUACUCUGCCUGUUACAGUUCAAAUCUAAACGGACGCUAUGGAAUUGGUAAUGACACCAAAGGUAUUGUGUGGCGAGGAUUUAAAGAAUUCAAUUCUCUGAAAGCUUCUAAGAUGAUGGUAAAAAUAUACUACUGA